UACUUGAAAGAAAAGCUGAUAGAGUGGGGAAAGAUAAGAUCGAUAGGUGAGUGUGUGAGGGAAAGAAAAGAAGGAUGUCAGGGCCACAGUGCUGUUCAAACCCACCAAUCCUUAGCCCAAAUGCAGGAAAUGGAAAUGUGGAGAAAGUGGGUGGUCUUCCCUGCUAUCUCACUGCCUCUCCUCACUCUAACCUCGCCGUUCUUAUGCUCUCCGAUAUUUUCGGAUAUGAAGCGCCACUUUUAAGGAAACUUGCUGACAACGUUGCAGCUGCUGGGUAUUAUGUGGUUGUUCCUGACCUCUUGGAGGGUGACCCCUUUAAGCCUGAUGGUUCUCUCGAUAACUUACCUGUUUGGUUAAAAGAUCAUGGACCCGUGGAGAAAGGUGCUGAAGGUUCAAAACCCGUAAUUGAAGCCUUAAAAAGUAAAGGGUUUUCAGCAAUCGCUGGUGUUGGUUUUUGUUGGGGUGCAAAGGUCGCGGUUGAACUUGCCAAAUCCAGACUGAUCCAAACAGCAGUACUGUUGCAUCCAGCAUUUCUCUCUGUGGAUGACUUCAAGGUUGUUGAUACUCCAAUUGCUAUACUUGGAGCCGAGAGUGACAAAUAUUGUCCUCCAGAGCUUGUGAAAGAAUUUGAAGAAAUCCUAGCUGCUAAACCUGGGGUUUCGAGUUUUGUUAAAAUAUAUCCAGGAGUGGAACACGGUUGGGCCGUGAGAUACGACACAGAAGAUGCAGAAGCUGUGAAAGCCGCAGAAGAGGCCCACAAGGACUUGCUGGAUUGGCUUGCUAAACAUCUUAAGUGAGAAAAUGUUGUUCAGAUACUAUAAUGUCUGUCAUGUAGAAUCUGUCAGCACGGUCUUUUUCGUUUUUUACUUUUUCUGUUUUUUCCUAUUACUGAAAGUUCAAUAACUUGUGUAAAACAAAAAAAGAAAGAAACUCAAGAAGAUUUGAAAAGUAGUUAUCAAAUUUAUGUAAACUUAUUUGAAAAUAACGAGUUCAAGUUACAGAGAA